AUGUUUAAUUGCUUCGAUUUUAGCAGGGUACCUUCAUGGUGUGACCGCAUUCUGUGGCUGGUAGAAGACAUAUCUGGCUUGUUUUCGAAGCAGCUUGAAUGCCAGCUGUUGAACUAUAACAGUGACGAUCGCUUUACGGCCAGCGACCACAAACCGGUCUUGGCUGAUUUCAAAAUUCAGAUCUGUGGCCUCAUUUCCACGCCCGUAGUCGUUUUUUUGUUCCCUAGUCAGAAAAACAACACGCUCUGGCACUGCGGACAGAACAACCUUUGUCGGUAUUUCGUUUCCAGUGAUUACACUCCCUCAUUCUUCGACUGGAUCGGUGUCUUUAAGUCCUGCGAGGGACCAAACGUCAGCGGUGACAAAGGAUACCAACUCUAUGCGGGUUGGAUGAGCCCUGUCACCCCUGUCGGCCAGAAAUUAUGUAAUCAGCGGCAUGGACCUGCGGAAAGCUUACUUUCUGGUUCCAAACUUACCAACCGAUGCGUACAACAAGAGAAACUUCAGAAACUCUACAAAACCAAAAAAUAA